AUGACGACCAUGAUGCAUCGGACAUCCCAGAUCGACUACGCCAUGGAAGCCAUGAGAGUUGGCCGAGGAAGAGGGGGCAGGGCCGCAGGCCAUGAAGGGCACGACGGCUGCGGGCGGAAGCAGCAUGGGUUGAAGGAGCGGCGGAUGUGGGCAGGGUCGGAGGUUGGGGGAGACUCGUUGGCUGGGCGACAGCGAGCGCCGGUGAGUGCAAGUUCUAUGAUCUGUUGCAUCUCUGUUCUCCUAGUUAAGGUUUAUGUGGGUGCUAUCAUGGUGCUUGGUCUGCUGAUCAUUUUAAUGUUCUGGAUCUGGGGUGUGGCUGCAGGAGAGGGGAGGCGGCCAAUGACAGGGAGAAGGAGCAGGCCAUCGAGGAGUGCAAGCAGAAGGUUUCCGGUGACUGGAAGUCUGAAACUGAAGACAGGGCAUAUUGUUUUGGUUAUGAGUGGUUGGAGAUAUUGUGGCUUGAUGUCCCUAGAGCAGUCAGACCCUUCCAAGAUAGGUGUUAAAAUCCUAGGUGACAAGGGCAUUGUGGUGGUGCGAUCCAUGUCUCCUGCGAGCGCUCGGCAUGGCGUCCACAGCCCCAAAGAGCAGGGCUUCAAGGGUGGACAACAAGCUUCACUUGAUGAAAGCAUUUCCCUUCUAAAACAGAGAACAUCAAAACCAAAUGGGAUUUCAUUGAGUGUACUUCAGAUGGCCAUACUAUAGAAGCCAAAGCUGUUUUACGUGAAUCUAAUGACGUCCCUGCUGCUAUAAGCUAGGAAAUUGACAAAUUCAACAUUGGC